ACUAUGCCGGUCAGUAGCCGUAGAGCGUUUCAAAUGAGCAGACAAGUGGCGAGUGGCUAUGCUGCUUUCAUCGCGGUUGGGAAGUGCAGAAGAUAAAAGUGGCACAAAUUUUAGUUAAUACAUAUAUGCCAAAAAGUAAAGCGAUCUCCAAAGUUGAUAAGGCCCAUGAUUGAUAUUACUUAAAAUACAUAAAAAUCAAAGCGAAAAACAAAAAUUGGAUGUUAAAAGUAAAAUAUUCUGACGUUAUUACUCCAUAAAGUGCAUUUCAAAGUAUUAUAAGCAAAUCGAGGAGCAGGGAGUAACGUGACCUGGCUGUAAACAACAGAAAACUAUUAGCCGCCUAUUGCAAGUGUUUGCGAAGUGAAUUGAACUGACAACAAAUUGCAUUUACAUACAUACAUACAUACAUAAACACGUAUGUAUGUACAUACAUAUGCAUAUUCCUAUACGCCACUAAAGCACAUGCAUACACAAAAUGUUCUCCACAUCCGGUUAUGAUCGCCUUUAUGCCAGAAGUACUUCCGGUUUGGCAAAACUUCUCUGUAUGCUGUUUGCACUGAGCGGCAUUUUAUGCAUCUUACUCAGCUCAGCGCCACUAACCAACUUGCGCGGCCUCAUCUACAUGUGCGUAAUGACUUUGGCUUGCCUUAGCAGUGCCAUCGUUUAUGUGGAGCAUUUCUGUGGUAUGCGCCAUUGUCGGCGCCAUCUUUGCAAUGCAUCCAAGUAUGAGUUCUAUUUACAUGCCACACUGGCAACAACGUGUUUUCUGGCGUCGUCUGCCGCGUUGACAUUGACUUUGGUGACAUACUCUUUAGCAGCGUUUUUCGGUUAUGUCGCCUUUUGCCUGUAUGCCUUGGAAGCCUGGUAUAACUAUAGAAGAUAUCGUCAACGGGAUGUGAGCACACAGACUUAGUUACGAGUGUGUGUGUGUGUGUGUGAAGGUUGUUGAAGAUAACAGUAUUUUUGUAAUCACAAAGUCCCCAAUGUGAGAAAGCAUACAAUUUUCGGAAUAAAUUAAAGUUGUUGAUUUUUAUUAGCGCUCUUAAUGCUACUGCUAAGUUAGUGUUGCUGCACUGCCGACGUACUCUGAUAUUCUGAUAUUUAAGAAAUAUAUACAUACGUAUGUACAUAGCUUUAGCAAAUAGUAAUGACUAAUUUCGAUGAAUUUCAGUUAGUUAAUUUUAAGCUGGAAUCGUUUGUGAAUCAGUGAUUUAUUAAUCCAAAUACUGCGUUGUUAUAUAAAUUUUGUAGUAAAAGAUGCAUAUGUAAAUGGACUUAAACAAGUUUA